AUGGUUACCAACAAAGUCUCUCUGGAAUUCAGAUACCUGCUGUCCGAGCUGUACAAUGACAUGAUACCAAUUAGCGUUCUGGAGAGGAUCAACGCCAUGCGGAUGUCCGUCAGACUCAUAUACGAAUCCCUAGCAGCACUUGACACUUGGCAGUAUUGCCGCCAAUACUCCAAAUGUGUGUUCCUUGCGCCUGACACGCUGGUGCACCACAACAUCGACUAUCUGUUCGGCGAACCUCAACUCUCCGCUGUGGCCUACCAUCGCCGGCCUCAGACGUUCCACAGCAGCGUCAUGGUCGUAGAACCGACGGCCGCUCAUAACACGUUCAAAAGUACCAACGAGAACCAAAAUGCUCGAUGUUGUGCCGACCAAAUCCUCAAUCGUCACUUUAAGAGAUGGCACGAGCUGCCACCGACCUACUGCUCCGAGGUCAACAGUUCGUUUGCCUACGUUCCUCCAGGAGGAGAGUAA